AUGAGAGUUCCCGCCAGUUCCGCCAGCACCAUCUCUCGAGCUGCAUCAAAGCCGAAGCUCAUCGAUGCCGACGACGAGUGGUCGCCGCUCAAGGCCGUCAUCGUCGGCCGCGCGGAGCACUCGUGCUUCCCCAGCGAGCCACGGCACCUGACGCGAGCAUUUGUGCCCCCACGGUACCUGGAUGAGUUCCGGCCGCACAAUCCGUUUCCCGCCGAGAUUGUCGACAACGCGCAGUGGGAGCUCGACAACUUUGCCGACGUGCUGCGGCAGCACGGCGUGACCGUGUACCGGCCGGACGAGGUCGACUGGCUCAAGCACGGCGGGUACACGGGCGCCAUGCCGCGGGACCGGCUCCUGACGGUGGGCAACACGCUCAUCGAGUCGAUCCCGGCGUGGCAAUGCCGGCAGCGGGAGAUUGAGCUGGGCUUCAGCACCAUCCUCAGCCAGCUGUCGCACCCGGAGGAGGCGGCGUGGCGCGUCUUCCGGCAGCCAACGCUACAUGGGCGCGACACCAUCUACGACGGCAAGGACAGGGACGACUUUGACUCGACGCGCGACUGGGCCAUUAACAACAGCCGCCCCGCGUUUGACGCGGCCGACUUUAUGCGCCUGGGCAAGCACAUCAUCGGACAGAUCAGCCACGCCACAAACCAAAAAGGCGUCGACUACCUGCGGGCGGUGCUGCCGGAGGGUUACACGCUGGAGCUGAUCAAGCCCGAUAUUCCAAAUGUGUUUCACAUUGACACGACCAUCCUGCCGCUGCGCAAGGGCCUGCUCGUGUACAAUCCGCAGUACAUUCGCGAGGACGAGCUGCGCGGCCUCAAGGCGCUCGAGGGCUGGCAGCUGCACGCGUACCCGUUGUGGCCGCGGGAUCCCGGCCCGCCCAACGGCCCUGAGCAGUACAUGGCGUCGCGCUGGCUGGUGCUCAACGGGCUGAGCCUGGAUGACAAGCACAUCUUUGUCGAGGAAAAGGCGACUGAGUUUGCGGGAUGGAUCAAGGAAAAGUUUGGCAUCGAGGCGAUCCUGCUGCCGUUUGCGCACGUGAACAGCAUUGGCGGGUCGUUUCACUGCGCAACGGUUGAUCUGGUGCGGGGAUAA